UUCUGCUCCCCGCGGCCAUCGUAUCUCCACCAUCGUCAUUGCUCCUGUUCUCUCUCCCUUGCCGGGGAUGACUCAAUUCUAACUAAAAUCACCCUAUCGGCAUGUAAUUUCGACCUUGUCUUUCUUUCUUACUAUUCCCCCCCCCUUUUAAAGCUUCCGCGACCAUGGCUUUCGCGGCUUUCCGUUCCUCUGGUCUUUCACCGACUCGGCUCGUCCGCUCGACCAUGUCUGCCCCUCAACUGGUGCGACAGCAAGGCCAAUGCCGUUCCCUAUCUUCCUACCUGGUGACUCCUAAAGAGCUAAACGAAGCUCUCAAGAAGAACCCUCCUACCAAGAUCUCAACUGCCCCGCGUGUUGUCCCUCUUUGCGCAGCAUGGUUUAUGCCCAACGACCCCGAGGGUCGCAAGGGAAUCGACGUUUUUCGCAAGAAUCGCAUUCCACAGGCCCGCUUCUUUGAUCUCGAUGGAGUCAGUGACCGUGACUCUCCCUAUCCCCAUAUGCUCCCUACGUGUGAAACGUUCGCAGAAGCUAUGAGUGAAUUGGGCAUCCGUCGUGACGAUGAGAUCGUUGUGUAUGACACCGAAGAGCUUGGAAUUUUCAGCGCUCCCCGUGUAGGAUGGACCCUUAGGGUUUUUGGACACCCCAAGGUUCAUGUCCUAAAUAACUACAGACUCUGGGUUCGUGAAGGAUACCCAACGGAAACCGGCGAACCUUCGCAGGUUGAGAAGACGAACUACGCCCUUCCCACCUACGACUCAAAGCUUGUUAUUCCUUACUUGGAACUGAAAGAAAUCGCCAAGGAGCAUCGGAAAGAGGGCGCAAAAGAGGUGGAGAUCCUGGAUGCACGUCCCCAAGGCCGCUGGGCGGGAACGGACCCUGAACCGCGCGCUGGUCUGUCAUCGGGACAUAUUCCCGGCUCUAUCAGUUUGCCAUUCCCAGAGUUGCUUGACCCUGAAACCAAAACCUAUCUUCCUGCGGACGAGUUGCGAAAGAUCUUUGAAGCCCGGGAAGUCGAUGCCUCCAAGUCGAUCAUUAGCUCUUGUGGCAGCGGUGUUACAGCUAGCAUCAUUGAGACCGCAUUGGGCGAGGCCGAAUAUGGACAACCUAAUCUCCGACGAGUGUACGAUGGGAGCUGGACUGAGUGGGCACAGCGUGUCAAGCAAUCCGAUGGCUUGAUCAAGAAGACUGCCUAAACAAAGGGCAAGCAGUCAUCUGAGAUGAACGUCAUGAUAUCGUAGCGCCUGUACGACAUACCUUUGGUUUUUGGUUUUUGGUUUCCCUUGCGUCACGUUCUUGAAGAUGCGUUGCUGCGAUUGUUUUCAUGGGCAGAUCGCCGUCUAUUGGUAUUCCUAUAGAAUAUGAUGAGACAACUCUCC